UCGCCGUGGAGAAACAGGCGAGCCGUGCUGGGGUCACGGUAGGCGAAAGAGUGAUGGCAGGGGAUGCAGUGAAAAGAUGGGUGAUAUCAGAGGAUGGAAGCCACCUGAUUCGAAGAGAAGAGGUGGAGGAAGAGCUCGUUAAAGAUGUAGAAGACCAGCCUCACAAGUUAAUGGUGAAAGAAGAGACCUCUGACCAUCCUGUUACAUCACUAUUAUCAGCUUCUACCUGCAAAGCACCAUCAUGCUCUGCCAAUAAAAAAUAUGAUGUGCCUUCUGAUCUUCCUGUGUCAUACCCCUGCUCUUACUGUGACAUUUGCUUUACUGCCUCUCACUACUUGGAGAAACACUUCAAGCGUUCACACCGGAAACAAUACCUAGAACUGCUGCACGGUCAAGGCAUCUCUACCAAAAAACCGCCCCCCUCCCCUGCUGGCCUCUCAGGCCUGUCGUCUUCCCAUAAAGUCCCCGUGUCCUCUCCCGGCCACUUCCUUGGUCACUCUGGGUGUCAUUCACAAGUCGUGGACCCUGAUGGGUCAGCCUGCAGCAAAACUAGUUUGACAACGUCGGAUGAACUUAUUGAUAAUAGGCCUCAGACACCUCCUGCCUCCAACUCAGGGUCGUCUUUGAUUCCAUCCCACUGCUGUUCCAAGACAAUAACGAAGACCAUUCCUAGCCAAGUGACACCCCCAGACAUUGCACAGUCUUCUGGAACUCAGGCUGGGAGGAAAGAGACUGAGAGAAAUGCCACGCCAUCCGGCAUUCACUAUAGAGAUGCAGAGGAAGGGGAACAGCGGGGGGACGUGGGAGAGGAGCUCUCGCAUGAAGAAGGCAGCUCUGUACUUUGUGAUUGUGGUCAAAGCUUCCCAUCAUUGGAGUCCCUCAGCCACCACCAGGACCGAACCCACCGAAUCAAGGUGGAGGAGACGACGGAAGGGGAGGAGGGCGAAACCUUGUACUUGUGCACUGAAUGUGGCCUCAGCUUCCCCUGCCUGGACCGUCUCCGCCAGCACCAGUCCUUGCACGAUUCCCUAGGACAUGCGGUCAGAAACGAGGAAAAUGAGGAGGACGGGAAGGAGGAUGCUGACUCUCCCCGGUCUUUAGCCUUCCGCCAAUCGCACUCUUGCCCCAGCUGCCAUAAAACAUUCAAAACGGCCCGCUAUUUGAAAACCCACAUGAAGAUCCACAGCGGCCAGGUACCCUACCACUGCGACCAGUGCGACAAGCCCUUCACCCAGCUCGGUGACCUAAAGACCCAUCAGCGAACGCACACCGGCGAACGGCCUUACCAGUGCUCCCAGUGUGGCAAGUGUUUCGGGCGCUCGGGGACCCUUAAGAAGCACUGGCGCACUCACACAGGAGAGACCCCUUAUGUGUGCACGAUGUGUGGGAAGCAGUUUAACCAGCUGGGGGCGCUAAAAACGCACGAGCGCAUCCACACUGGCCUGCGGCCUUACUUCUGCUCCCUUUGCUUGCAGCACUUCACCUACUCCUAUCAGCUGAAGAGGCAUCGCUGUGUACGAAAGGAAACUUUGGACUGAGAUCAAGGACGAGCGUCAUUGGUGUUUUCACUGUAUGUCGUCUGUCAUGUCGGAGUGCGUCGUCCACAUCUGCACAAACGUAUGGGUGUAGACAGAUUACCCAUAAUGCAACUGCUGACACUAAGGAACUGGGAGAAGAAACACUGCUGACAUGGAGUGGCUGGAAACUGAUACACUGCUGACACAGAGAUUAGGAACAAUGCUGAUUUGUGCACUGAUGAAAACUGGAUGAGAGGAAAGUAUUAGACUGGAUAUGGCAGGAUAGCAGCAUCAUUGCCUAAAUACUGACACAGAGAAACAGUUCAGACAAAGAAGGUUCCAAUAGUAAUACAUCUGGAGAAUUAUUAAUGAUGACUUUCUUCAAUGUGGUAAUAGGAUAUUUAUGUUUUCACAAAAUUAUGGUCAAAGUUUUUAUUUUUUUUUAAUGAAGAUCAGCAGGACCAGAGAGUGUAAUUCCACUAAUCAUUCUUUGUCAGCAUCCUAUCAGUCUAGUUCAGUGAUUCAAGACCCACUUGCCAGAUAUCCCCCUCCCCCUGAGAAUCGGCAUUCUUGGUUUAGUCCACCUCCUCUGUGCCCAGGCCAGGAGGCAAUCGAGACUUUUAUAAUCAGCUGACAAGUGAAGUUAGGUGUGUUCCUGGUGGAAGACGAGAAACAUAGGCUAGCUAGGCGGCUGUGGAUCGGGGGAGACCCACUGGAUUAAAGGAGCAGAGGUGCUAAACACAAAAGAACAUUCUGGCAUAUUAGUAUACAUGUAUGUGUAAAAGUCAGCCUGCCAUCCAGUCAGACCAGCUUGCUGUUCUCAACCUUGGAGGUUUAUGGAGAAAUACAGCAUAUUCCUCUCAAAACUACAAAGUAUUGUGUGUUAAACAUUCACAGUCUCUUCCCACUUUUGUGUAGCUCCUAUGAAUAGCUCACUUCCCUUUUUAUCAAGACCCAUUUGACACAAUGUUCCUUUUUUGUAGAGUUUGCACUAAGCCAGGAUUUUUUUUACAGUGAAAUGCAGUUUCAGAUGGAUUAUAAACAUACAGCAGACAUUAACGCAUAGUGGUGAACCGUACAAAUACCUCACUCAUGAACUCCUUAGCAAAUUGUGUUUAUGUAUUUGCUUUUCUUCCUGUUUUUCUUUUCCAUUAAAAAGUUGUUUUGGUGA